AUGGUACCAAGAGUCAGCCCCCAUAAGAACCAAGUCAUUGAUGUGAAGUUCUUUUUUUCCCUCGACAUUCUAGCAGCUGUCAUUACAUUUGCUGGGGAAUUCUCGACGAGAUUUUACUUGUCCUCCCAUGCUGUUCUUUCUGUGGUUUCCUUGUUUCUUUUUGCGAUCCGGUUCCAGAUGGCUCAACAGUGCUUCCAAAAUGAAUAUUUUGACAGAUUGCUGAAUGCUUGCAAACCGUGUCACCUUCGAUGCCCUAAUACCCCUCCUCUAAUAUGUCAGCGUUAUUGUAAUACAAUGAAAGGAACAAAUGCAAUUCUCUGGACCUGUUUGGGCCUCAGCUUGAUCGUUUCUUUGACAGUUUUCGUGUUGAUGUUCUUGCUCAGGAAGAUGAGCUCCGAGCCAUUAAAGGACGAAUUUAAAAACACAGGACCGGCUCUCCAGAAGGAUGCGAACGCAGACCUGUACGAGAGCGACGAUGGCGGGACUGGUGCGGAAACUCUUCUUUCGAGAGGCCUCGGGUACACAGUGGAAGAAUGUACGUGUGAAGACUGUGUCAGGAGCAAACCAAAGGUCGACUCUGACCAUUUCUUUCCACUCCCAGCCAUGGAGGAAGGUGCAACCAUUCUUGUCACCACAAAAACAAACGACUACUGCAACAGCCUGCUAGCUGCCUCGAGUGUCACGGGGAUGGAGAAAUCAGUUUUCCCAGCUAAUUAACCAUUUCAAUGGUAUAGAGCUACUUGGAAAACCUUUUGUCAGAAGAAAAGGAUGAUGUGUCGGAUCUGUUUAGGAUGAUUGUACUUAUCAGUGGAUGAUAUGGCUUUUUGUUCUCUAAUUCUGGAAAAUCUUUGUUAGAUAUAUUUUUCUACCUUACUGUUGGGAGCUUAGCUGUGGA